AUGGUGGUCUCAAAUGCCAUAAAACUUGAUGAUAACAAAGUUGAUAUAUUAAUUACUCUUUCAUGUUUUGAAGAUAAAGACAUGAAGUCAUCCUUAUCCACCACCAAAUCCUCCUCUUCAUCUAUCACAAGUGAUUAUGAAAAAGGUGACGGAGUCUUGAUUGAGUCAAGAACAUGGGUAUUUUCUGCUGUCUAUAAUAAACAAAUUCAAACAACUAUUGACAAUAUUGGUGGUGUUGUAAGAUUUUUAGAUAAUGUUGUUUCACCACAUUCAGAUAAAGACCCAGAUUCAACUCUUGAAUUAGAAUUGAUCUUGAUGAAUUCUUCAGGGAUAUAUAAAUCAAUUAUUUAUCCACAAUUCAAAUAUAGAAUUCCAAAGUCCAUCAUGAAUUGGUGCAAUGUUGAUUACAAAUCAUACAAAGAAUUUUUAUUUCCUCCAACUGUUUAUCUUGAUAUUAAAAAACUAUUCCAAGAUGAACCCUCCCAAAAAGUUGAUGUAUAUAAUUUACACACUGGUGACCUAGAGAUCUCAUUACAUAAACGUGUUCCAAUUAUCAAAGCAUCAGCACUUUCAUCAUCAAAUACUGAUGAAUCAAUAUUCUCUUUAUCACAAUAUGAGUAUAUGAUUGCACAUUGUUCUAAUUUAAAUUAA